AUGGACCCAGUGACGGCCACAACCUCGCUCAUCACCCUUGUGAGCUUUAUAAAGGAGCUGGUGGAACUGGGGCAUGGCAUAGCGACUUCAAUCGAGAAGGUCAACGAAAACCGCCGUCAAAUACGCAACCUCGUUAAUGACAUCCUCCACACGCUCACGGAACUUGCGAAGCUGAUUAGAGAACGCGAGGAGCACUUUCAAACGCCUGCUUUACUUGCGGCGAUUGGCAAUCUCAAGGCAGAUAUGAUACAUGCGCUGGAAAUUUGUCGUAGAAUCUCGCCGGUAGAGCGCAAAUCAGGCUUACGGGGAAUCAAGACACAGUUGAAGGGGUGGAUUAAACGCGACGAGAUUGAAGGAGAGAUACAAAGACUGAAGGAGCAUGUGAACAAGUGCUUUCUCAUGUUUGUGACCUUUUCGACGACGCGGAUUGAGAAAAACACCGCAGAAAUCAUUCAGACGACCGAAAGAACUCGAAAUGUUGCUCUGAGAGGCAUGGAUGCGACCCUUCGGGUCGAGCAGCGCUUCAUUGUCGAUACGGUUGAGAGUCAAGUCAAGUUGCGCAAAUUAGAGACCAUGAUGUCUCGUGUCCUUCUCGAGACAUCAUUUGGACAGAAUGUCAUGGAACAAACGAUCCAAGUUAUUUUAUCCGAUCCUGGCCAUCGAACACUAGAAGCUCAGUAUUUGUCGACGCAGACGCUCAGACUGAUCCCCCUGGUACAACAAAUAGCGUCUGGAGGUGUAUCUGUCCUUGAUGCUUCGCUCUGGAUGUCCCAAUUAGGGCUCAAGAAAAUGGAAGGAGCAUCGGCUGAGCACGUCCUCCACUCGAUUCUAAGUGCUGUCGUGCAAAUUACCAACCCGAAUAUGGACAUGGAGAUUAUGAACAACUGUAUUGUCCGUCUCGGGACGAGACUCCGUAGUCUUGGAAUGGCCACGGAAUCCAUCGCCUGGGAGCUGUUCACUUGCCAGAUUCUUCAUCGCCUGGCCAAUGAACAGAAUAGUUUCGUUGUUAUGCCACGACUGGCUCGGGCUUUGCGUCGACUCUCUCUGGCUUACCGAGAUCAAAUGAAGUAUCAGGAAGCCCUAAAGGCCAGCGAGCACUCAUUAGAGCUUUGGCGCUCUAUAUUUGAGACCAAUCCCAGCUCCGAAAACCAAAUUCCGUUCCUCAACUCGAUCACUGUUCAUAUGGAAAACCUCGCGUCCCUGAAUAGAAGAGAUGAACUGUUACCACUAGCAGAAGAAAGCGUCGCCAUAGCUCGUGCAGAUCUCAUGCGUACGCGUGACUAUUAUAAGUCAGAUGGCAAGGAGUGGUCAGAAGAGGACAAGUAUGCUGCACGAAGAUCUUUUGCAGCGAUUUUUCGCUACGCACACACUCUUGCUUGGGCCCAGCGAUCCGGAGAAGCGUGUUCCGUUGCCAUCGAAGCCUUUGAAUUGCUGACCACCAUACCCUUGGACAUCUCCCAUCUGGUUCAAGUUGGCUCUGCAAUCGACAUGCUAAUGGAUCAAAUAUCUAUCGUGGGCGAAAGGGGAGGUUUCACAUUCGAAUGGCUUGCCCGGCCUCUCAUUCUAUUUCAUCAUCUUGCUCAGCAAUAUGCCGAAGAGUUCUCGACACCUUUCCUCCGCCUUUUACACGCAUACACAUACAUGGGUUCACUGGAUGUCAAUCCAAACAAUACAUCACAUAAUCUACGUGUCUUUCUCGAACCUAGCGGGGACAAUCUCCCGCCUCUCCUCCCCGCAUUUCAGCAUCAGGUGUACCACAAAAUUGCCAGUGCUGUAGUCGGAGCCGUGCUGUCUUUUUAUAUUCGUCCAGCCGACUCAGUUUAUUCGCUGGUGCUGAAUCUAUUUCUUGCACACCCUCAAUCCGCCCUUAUCGCGUUUUCUCAAGUUGUUGACCGGAGCCUGAGUGUUUUGAGUCCAGACCCUCAAAUAGACGAUUGGGUCGUUCACACUCUUGCCGAACUCUUAAACUCGAAUGGUAUCUUCACUCAAGCAGAGCGGAUCAAGCUACUUGGAUGGUUACAGCGUCUUUGGGCCGUCAAAGGGCAGCAACUUGCAGACUUCUGCUCUGUGUGUAUUUUGCGAAGUUGCUCUUGUUUGUGGCUUGGUGGUUUGACAAUCGAAACCAUGAAUGUUCUCGAGGUGUGUGCCAACUCGCGCGACCAACAUGUGGUGAAUACCGCUGGCGUAAUGAAAGCAGCCAUAUUGGGGGACAUGGGGCGGAUCGAUGAUGCCAUGGCCGUAAUGGUCGAUCUCGAGCACCGUCUUACCUUUCACCAACGGGUCCUUCCCGCCGUACUAAAAGCCGAUGAAGACCACUUUUAUCAAUACUGUUUCCUCAGAAUUCAAUUUCUUCGACGUACAACAAGACGAGAGGAGGCAAUCGCAUUCAUACACGAUGUGCUGACCCAUCCCGUCGUUCCUCCUUCCUGGUCAGAUGAUGGACUGAACGACAUGCACUACAUCCUCAUUCUUGUUGAAAGACUCGAGCUCAGAUUAGAAAUGGGACAGCCGAAAGCAGCUUUCGACGAAGGCGAAAAUAUUGUCAAGAUGUGUCGAGGAGGUGUUAACGACGUGGAGAACGAGUACCGCCUUUUUAGUUUGGCGCGCACUCUUGUUGCGGUUAGCGAAUGCCUGACAAGGGUUGGUCGCAUUAGUGAAGCAAUACUAGCUUGUCGAGAAGCGUUGUCGAUCUACAAAGCGUACGAGAGUCAAAUGUGGCACUCGUUUUUGUUGCCGUCGCGCAAGGAGAAGUUGGGAGGGAUGGCAUACCAGACGUUGUCUCGUCAAUUGUUGCUGGCUGGGAGCGUUGACGAGGGGCUGGUUCAUGCGCAUGCGGCGGUCGAUAUAUACCGAAAGUUAGUCGAGCUCGUGCCCCGACAUAGACCAGCCCUUGCCGAAGCUCUUCAAAACCUCGCUAGAACCUCACAGAUUCACAACCACCCUCAAAAGUGCUUAGAAGCGUGUGAGGAGGCAAUAACGAUAUUACUCGAAGUUGUUAGUAACGAGGCCUAUCUCCUUCCGAUGUUGGUAGCCGCGCUGGACCAGCUUGAAACGUAUCCUGGCCAUAAUCAGGAGUGGCUCGUUGCAAUGCGAAGUGAAGCGACCGCUAUAGGUUUCGUUGCCCACAAUUCCACAGUACCCCGCACCCUGUUUACGCCCGUUCGUCUUUUACGACUCGAUUCCGAUGGUGACGAUUCCCUCUCCAAUUCAAUAAACUUGAACUGGCGGACACUGGUCGAAGAUGGAGAUCUAGAUGGCAUUCCGAAGCAGCAGAACAUCACCCUGACAGCGAAUCUGGACUCGUCCCCAACCAAAACUUCCCAUCGCGGGCAGAAAUUGCAGAGCUUCCUCCCUUUGGACCUUGAUAAAGUAGAGCUGGCUCCACUAAAGACAGCUCUUUAUACCCCGAUGGAAAUCCAUUUGCGACUAACGCCUAUUGACGCUUUUUGGUGGGCAAUUGUUGUGAUGCUCAGCAUGUUGGUCGCCGUGUUGGGUGUAGUUAUUCUGGCACAGGAUGGUAGAAAUGAGUGA